AUGGAGGACCUCGUGGAAAAGCUAUCAUUGGACGAGAAGAUCAGCCUUGUUAGUGGGAAGAGCUUCUGGUACACACAGGACAUCGAGAGACUUGAGAUUCCGAGUAUCAGAUUCGCAGAUGGCCCGAACGGUGUCAAGGCCUCAUUAUUCUGGAAAGGUCUGAAAUCUGCAUGUUUUCCUUGUGGCUCGGCCAUGGGUGCCACCUUUAGCAAAGACAUGCUCUAUUUGGCAGGUAGUCUUAUGGCUGAGGAGGCCAGGUCCAAAGCAGUAUCGGUGAUUCUGGGACCCGGGGUCAACAUUGCCCGCGGUCCAACCGGUGGAAGAGGCUUCGAAUCCUUCAGUGAAGACCCUGUUCUUUCUGGGCUGCUUGCAGCCGCUAUAAUCAAUGGAAUGCAAGACAAUGGUAUUGGGGCCACAUUGAAACAUCUGGUUUGCAAUGACUUUGAGCAUGAAAGAAACUCGGUUAAUAUCACCAUUUCGCAACGAGCAUUGCGUGAGAUUUAUCUUCUGCCAUUUCAACUGGCAAUCAGAGAUUCCAAUCCUGUAUCGCUGAUGACCUCUUAUAACAAGGUCAAUGGGGAACAUGUUUCGCAUUCCAAUGCCAUUUUGCGUCAAAUCGUCCGAGAAGAAUGGAGUUAUGAAGGAACCAUCAUGUCUGAUUGGACCGGAGUUUACGAUCCCAUAAAAUCCUUUGAGGCUAGUUUGGACUUAGAAAUGCCGGGUCCACCGAAGUGCAGACAUCCUGUGCUGAUCCAACAUGCUGUCGAUACCCGAGUACUACACCAAAAACAUCUUGAUGAAGCAGUUGCAAACGUGCUCAAGCUUAUAGACUAUGGAAAGAAAGGAGGAGUCAGGUCUACAGACCCCGAAUCUGAAUGUAACAAUACUGACAAAACUGCAAAGAUACUUAGGAACCUCGCUGGCGAGUCCAUCGUUCUGCUGAAGAACGAGUCAAGCCUGCUGCCGUUCUCGAUAACAGACGACAUUGCUGUAAUUGGACCUAAUUCGUCCGUGGCAGCCUUUUCAGGUGGUGGAUCAGCAUACGUGAAUGCUUAUUAUGCUGUUUCGCCGCUGCAAGCCAUAUCAAAUAAGCAGGGAAGAGCACCAGAGUAUACCUUUGGUUGCCACGCGGCCAAGUUCCUGCCGCCAUUGGCUCCAUUACUGACGAACUCAAUCGGCAAGACAGGAUAUGAUAUUGAGUUUUACCUAGAACCACCAGGUACAGACAACAGAAAGAUCAUAGGAACAAUGACUCGCUCAGAUAACGUUUUGUUCAUUCCGGAUUACGUCAACGAGUUCAUCACACCCACGACCCCUUUUUACUAUGAUAUAAAUGCUGAAAUCAAAGUCGAGGAAAGCGGUUACUACUUGUUUGGGAUUGCGGUUGCCGGAAUUGCUGAGCUGUACGUGGACGGAAAGUUGGUUGUUGACAACAAAACUGAUCAGGCUUGUGGAAAUUGUUUCUUCAAUAUGGGCUCAAAAGAAAAGACUGGAAAGUGCUAUCUCCAAAAGGGAGAGAUACACCAGGUAAGAGUGAAUGCGGGAUCCUCUCAUUUAAAGAGAUAUACCACCUCAGGUGUUCAAUUCGUUGCUACUGGUAUCAUGAUGGGAUUCAUCCGUGACUACGAUGCAGAUGAGGAGAUUUCAAGAGCAGUUGCCAUCGCUAAAUCGCACGAUAAGGUGAUUUUAUGCAUUGGACUUUCUCAAGAUUACGAAAGUGAAGGCUACGAUAGACCGGAUAUGAAGCUACCAGGACGUACAGACGAACUCGUAGCUCGCGUCCUUGAGGCUAAUCCAAACACGGCCAUCGUGAACCAAAGUGGAACACCCGUUGAGAUGCCCUGGAUCGCCAAUGCCAGGUGUGUAUUGCAAGCUUGGUAUGGGGGGAAUGAAACAGGUAACGCGAUUGCAGAUGUCAUAUUUGGAGACGUUUGUCCGUCGGCUAAACUUCCUCUAACUUUUCCUCACAAAGUCGAAGACAACCCAGCUUUUUUGAACUUCAGAUCGAAUAAGGGGAGUUGUAUUUAUGGGGAAGAUGUAUAUGUGGGCUACAAAUACUAUGAGAAACUGGGAAGAUCUACUAUGUUCCCAUUCGGCCAUGGAUUGUCAUACACAUCGUUUUGUCUGAGCAACCUUACAGUUGUGCUAAAAGGCGAAACCCUGAGCGUUUCACUGGAAAUUGAAAACACAGGCGCUAGGGACGGAUCAGAGGUUCUCCAAGUAUAUAUUGCGCCUCAUGAGUCUGAGAUCUUGAGACCCACAAAGGAGCUCAAGGAUUUUGUCAAGGUCCAUGUCAAAGCAGGAGAAACCAAGACCGUUUCGUUGAAUACACCUACCAAAUAUGCUUUUUCGCAUUUUGAUGAGCACAUUGGCAAAUGGUGUUGCGAGGCUGGUAAGUACAGCGUUAUGGUUGGUACAAGCUCGGAGGGAGAGUUCUUGCACAGAAUGGUUACCAUAGAGAAGACGUGGUGGUGGUGGGGUCUUUGA